GCCGCCGCAGCCUCUGUGCGGUGGGACCCACGGACCGACAGACGCACGCUCCCACCGCGGCGCGGGCGCUGCAGAGGCCCAUCAGCCCGAGCCCGCGCCUGAGCCCGCCCUGCGGCCACCGCUCACCACCCUGUCCGCCGCUCUUCCCACGGAGCCGCCAAGAUGGGGUCUGGUGGCUCUGACAGCUACCGUGUCGCCACCUCGCAGGACAAAAAAGAUGACAAGAGCUCGCCCAAGAAGAGCAAGGCCAAGGAGCGCCGAGAUCUGGACGACCUCAAGAAGGAGGUGGCUAUGACAGAGCACAAGAUGUCCGUAGAGGAGGUCUGCCGGAAAUACAACACGGACUGCGUGCAGGGUCUGACACACAGCAAAGCCCAGGAGAUCCUGGCUCGAGAUGGGCCCAAUGCCCUCACACCACCGCCCACCACCCCGGAAUGGGUCAAGUUCUGCAGACAGCUAUUUGGGGGGUUCUCCAUCCUCCUGUGGAUUGGGGCAAUCCUCUGCUUCCUAGCCUAUGGCAUCCAGGCAGGAACUGAAGAUGACCCGUCUCGUGACAAUCUGUACCUAGGCAUCGUGCUGGCAGCUGUGGUGAUCAUCACCGGCUGCUUCUCCUACUACCAGGAAGCCAAGAGUUCUAAGAUCAUGGAGUCCUUCAAGAACAUGGUUCCCCAGCAAGCCCUCGUGAUCCGGGAAGGUGAGAAGAUGCAGGUGAACGCUGAGGAGGUGGUGGUCGGGGACCUAGUGGAGAUCAAGGGUGGGGACAGGGUCCCAGCCGACCUCCGCAUCAUCUCGGCCCAUGGCUGCAAGGUGGACAAUUCCUCCCUGACCGGUGAAUCUGAGCCCCAGACCCGCUCCCCGGACUGCACACACGACAAUCCCCUGGAGACCCGGAACAUCACCUUCUUCUCCACCAACUGUGUAGAAGGAACCGCUCGGGGCGUGGUGGUGGCCACAGGUGACCGCACUGUCAUGGGCCGCAUCGCCACACUGGCCUCAGGCCUGGAGGUGGGCAAGACGCCCAUCGCCAUCGAGAUCGAACACUUCAUCCAGCUCAUCACUGGUGUGGCGGUGUUCCUGGGUGUCUCCUUCUUCAUCCUCUCCCUCAUUCUGGGCUACACCUGGCUGGAGGCUGUCAUCUUCCUCAUCGGCAUCAUCGUGGCCAAUGUCCCAGAGGGGCUGCUGGCUACUGUCACGGUGUGUCUGACGCUGACAGCCAAGCGCAUGGCUCGCAAGAACUGUCUGGUGAAGAACCUGGAGGCUGUGGAGACUCUGGGCUCCACAUCCACCAUCUGCUCGGACAAGACCGGCACCCUCACCCAGAACCGCAUGACCGUCGCUCACAUGUGGUUCGACAACCAGAUCCACGAGGCCGACACCACUGAGGAUCAGUCAGGGACCUCUUUCGACAAGAGCUCACACACCUGGGUGGCUCUGUCCCACAUCGCUGGACUCUGCAACCGAGCUGUCUUCAAGGGUGGACAGGAUAACAUCCCCGUGCUCAAGAGGGACGUAGCCGGUGACGCCUCUGAGUCCGCCCUGCUCAAGUGCAUCGAGCUGUCCUCGGGUUCUGUGAAACUGAUGCGUGAACGGAACAAGAAAGUGGCCGAGAUUCCCUUCAACUCCACCAACAAAUACCAGCUGUCCAUCCAUGAGACUGAAGACCCCAACGACAACCGAUACCUGCUGGUGAUGAAGGGCGCCCCUGAACGCAUUCUGGACCGCUGUGCCACCAUCCUCCUACAGGGCAAAGAGCAGCCUCUGGACGAAGAGAUGAAGGAGGCCUUCCAGAACGCCUACCUGGAGCUCGGUGGCCUGGGCGAGCGUGUGCUGGGUUUCUGCCAUUACUACCUGCCUGAGGAGCAGUUCCCCAAGGGUUUCGCCUUCGACUGCGAUGAUGUCAACUUCACCACAGACAACCUUUGCUUUGUGGGUCUCAUGUCCAUGAUUGACCCUCCCCGGGCAGCUGUCCCCGAUGCUGUGGGCAAGUGUCGCAGUGCAGGCAUCAAGGUCAUCAUGGUCACCGGCGACCACCCCAUCACAGCCAAGGCCAUCGCCAAAGGUGUAGGCAUCAUCUCCGAGGGUAACGAGACUGUAGAGGACAUUGCUGCUAGGCUCAACAUCCCUGUCAGCCAGGUCAACCCCAGGGAUGCCAAAGCCUGUGUGAUCCACGGCACCGACCUCAAGGACUUCACCUCGGAGCAGAUUGACGAGAUCCUGCAGAACCACACUGAGAUUGUCUUUGCCCGCACCUCCCCUCAGCAGAAGCUCAUCAUCGUGGAGGGCUGCCAGAGACAGGGAGCAAUCGUGGCUGUCACUGGUGAUGGUGUGAACGACUCCCCUGCCCUGAAGAAGGCUGACAUCGGGGUGGCCAUGGGCAUUGCUGGCUCUGAUGUCUCCAAGCAGGCUGCCGACAUGAUUCUGCUGGAUGACAACUUUGCUUCCAUCGUCACCGGUGUGGAGGAGGGCCGCCUGAUCUUUGACAACCUGAAGAAGUCUAUUGCCUACACUCUGACCAGCAACAUCCCUGAGAUCACGCCCUUCCUGCUCUUCAUCAUGGCCAACAUCCCACUGCCCCUGGGUACCAUCACCAUCCUCUGCAUCGACCUGGGCACCGACAUGGUUCCCGCCAUCUCCCUGGCCUACGAGGCUGCUGAGAGUGACAUCAUGAAGAGACAGCCCAGGAACCCGCGCACAGACAAACUGGUCAACGAAAGGCUCAUCAGCAUGGCCUAUGGGCAGAUUGGAAUGAUCCAGGCCCUCGGUGGUUUCUUCUCCUACUUUGUCAUUCUGGCGGAAAAUGGCUUCUUGCCCGGUAACCUGGUGGGCAUCCGGCUGAACUGGGAUGACCGCACUGUCAAUGACCUGGAGGACAGUUACGGGCAGCAGUGGACAUACGAGCAGAGGAAGGUGGUAGAGUUCACAUGCCACACAGCCUUCUUUGUGAGCAUCGUGGUGGUCCAGUGGGCUGACCUGAUCAUCUGCAAGACCAGGAGGAACUCCGUCUUCCAGCAGGGCAUGAAGAAUAAGAUCUUGAUCUUCGGCUUGUUUGAGGAGACUGCUCUUGCUGCCUUCCUGUCCUACUGCCCAGGCAUGGACGUGGCCCUUCGCAUGUACCCUCUCAAGCCCAGCUGGUGGUUCUGUGCCUUCCCCUACAGUUUCCUCAUCUUCGUGUAUGACGAGAUUCGCAAACUCAUCCUGCGCAGGAACCCCGGGGGUUGGGUGGAGAAAGAGACCUACUAUUGACCUCAACCCGUGUC